ACACGUCAUCACCAGAAGACCUUUCCUGUCCCUCGUGUCAUAAUAUGGUCGUCUUUGAGGUGAGGAGUGUGGCAAUGAUAUCGACCUAGAAGAAGCUGAAUUAGAAGUUUGUGAUUCGAGGACCCUCUCGGUGAAGCCAUGCCUCGGUACGAACUGGCCCUGAUCUUGAAGGCAAUGCAGCGGCCGGAAACGGCGGCUACUCUCCGGCGGACGGUGGAGACUCUGAUGGAGCGGGGCGCGGUGGUCAGGCACCUAGAGAACUUGGGAGAGAGAGUGCUGCCCUACAAGAUAACCAAACACAACGAGAGGCACAGCCGUGGGGCUUACUUUCUGGUUGAUUUUUACGCAGCCCCUGACAUCCUCCCGGGCUUACUGAAUCACCUGCACCGUGAUGUAGACGUGGUGAGGCCCACUGUGCUGAAGAAGGACGACCCGGUUCCCAGUAGCAACUGCUGUGGCCCCCAACAGUGACUGAAUGUUUUCACAACUCAUGUCCAGAUGAUGUACAGCGUGAUGCUUCUGUCUUUGACCUUUCCAUAGUUGUUGGCCUGCAUUUGGAUGUUAUGUCAUAAUAAAGUACUUUUUUCUAUCUUUA